UUGAAAUCCAUUCCUGGUCUAGAAGUGGACUUGCCUAAGGUAGCUGCUGCUGCUGCUGCGGACCCGCCUCAACCAACUACUGAAACGAUUGCUCCAAACAACAACAACCUGCAACUCGAUGUUGUAGAUGCAAACAUUCCACCUUCAAAAGAAGCGGACACUGAAUCGGAGACACCUGAAGAGGAAGCUAAGGUUCCAAACCCUGAAUUAGAAAAAUACUAUAAAAUGCUACGAUUUGGUGUGCCUAUGGAAGCUGUCAAAGUGGAAAUGCAAAUUGAUGGCUGUGAUCCCAAACUUCUUGAUAGCUCUUAGUGUUUGUGAUUAUUCUGUGAUGUGUGUUUCAACAGAUUUUUGGUAAUAUAUUUACGCUUUAAACCCUAUCUCGAGGACUAAAUGCAUACAGCGAUCAUGUGGUGUAUUGUUGAACGUUUUAAUUUAUCUCGGGUAUAGAAUUCUGCCUCUCUUAUUGUAAAGACUGUGAUUGACUCAUGAACAUACUGUAGUUUAUUAUAACAUAGAAUGUUAUUUAAAGUUAGAUAUAGUAGGCCACUCAAUAAAAUUUCUCAAAGCGUCUUUGUAGAAUAAUAUAAUUACUUUCAUUCUAACCUUUUAAUACUCAGUAGCCCACUAAAUAACUUUUAAGUGUUGUUCAAUAAAUUAGUUCUUCUAAUUUCUUUUUUUUUGUCAAUUAACAUUUAUGGAACAUUUGGAUUUUGAAAAAAAUUAAUAUUUCAAGGGGACGCUUUAUUGUCUUUUCUAUCGCAUUCUAAUGCGAUAAAAAUGCUAGGGUCCUUGUAACUUCAAUCGAUUCUUAACCAUUUUAAGAUGAAAAUAUUAUUUUAAAAGCAUUUAUGAAUAGUGGACAUUAACCAUAAAUCUAGUUCAACUCUAAAUAUUUAAUAGAUUAUAGAAUAUAAUUUAAAAUAAAACUAUAAUUCUCAGCGGGAUCUUCACAAUGGUCUCGAAUCCUAUUUCAAACACCAAGAGUUUCAAGAAUCUAAUAUAAUAGAUGAGUGAUGUUGCCGAGUGAUGCUGUAUGAUGAGUGACUUAAUAUUAGUAUUUUGGAGGAAUUUAUUCUCCAAAUGAUUCAUUGAAAAGUAAUCAGUAUAGUACUUGUUAAUAAACUGUCACACUAAAACGAUAAUUAAUUCCCAGGAGUGAAUAGAAGCGAAUUCAGAUUACAGACUAUCAGCCACCGUCGAAAGCAGUGUAGACGUUUUCACUUGACACAUUCACUGAUAAAGAUAAAGAGCCGAGCUACAGGAUAGAUAGCCAGAUGUUGAGUUCCAUCACUCCAUACUUUCACUCCCCUUUUUCAAUUUCUCUCCAGCUUAUUUUUACCUUAUUCCUGCCAACUUGGAGCUAGCAGCAAUAUGAAGUUUAUUCAAUCCAUAUCCUUCAGUCUUGUGAUAUUUAUAUUGCGUGCAUCGCUAUUGAAUGCACUAACCAACAGUGAGAAAAACAAACUGCUCCAAGAUUAUGACAAAUAUAAACCUCCUUUUUCAAACAAUUCAGGCUUUGCUGAGAUGAAAGUUAAUAUCCGCCUUCUCCAUCUAUUUCUUACCAUGGAUUCUGAAGAAGAAGCAUUCACCAUUACAGGAGUAUUGCAUUUUGUUUGGAAGGACAUCAGGCUGGCUUCGAAACAAAUUUUCUCAAUCAGUCUUGAUAAGAUAUGGUCUGGAGUGCCAAACAUUGCUUAUAAAGCUGGAUCGACAAUGCUAGACCUGGGAUCAGGAGAGAAAGAACGCAACCACGCAAUCGUGCUGAGUAGAGGCGUAGUGGUUGGAGCCACUGUGAUCACUUUCCGAACGGUGAAAGCAUGCCACAGUGACCUGACAGAUUGGCCUCAUGACACCAAAGUCUGCACUGUCUACUUCAUCAGCCCAGCAAUCAACGGCCCUGGAGUUCAAUAUGACCUGGUCAAUGUUUUUUAUACUGGGAAUGAACAAUCGAUAGCAGAUACCGUUGAAUGCGAAGGCUGGAGUAUCGAGAAACUUGAUUUCCAUUCAGAGAACGAUCAUACACAAAUUCUAUUGAGCUUUCAUCUGAAACGAAAUAAUGCAAAGUUAUCAAAUUAUUUUUAUAUACCGUCAAUUGUCAGUUUGAUAGUAUCGAUUUCUCUGUUCUUUCUCGAACCACAAUCAAGUGAGAGAUUUCUUCUCCUUCUAUUAAUUACUAUUAUUCACUUCUACAUUCUCAAGUCGUUGUCCGUGUUGGUGCCUCAAUAUAAUGAUCAACGACCAACAAUAGAGCUUUUCAUCAAAAUGUCAACAAUCUUGACAUUGAUUCAAACAUUUCUGGUGAUAAUCUGUCGAGCGUUGGUUGUAAUUGAAUAUAAUCCGUCGUUUCUUUCGAAAACAGUCAGCAAGGUUGUCAUGAAUCCAGUCCUCAAAACCAUAUUCUUAUUGGAAAUUGAACCAAAGGUUGCAAGUGAAUUGAUGGAGGACCAAGAUGAGGACGAAGAAAGUAUUCUUAUAGCAACGAAACAUCAAACAAAGAAAGAAUGGAAAUUGAUUUGUAGGAUCAUUCAUCAGGCGACAUUCUAUCUCACCGUUUUAUUUUCAGUGUAUUUAGUUUAUAUAGUAAUUUGAAAUGAAUCGAUGAAUAGAACAUUUUUAUUAAUUUGAACAUUACAAUAGAAAAGUGUUAAAAUAACGUUCGUCCACCCAGUUCAGUUCAUAAAUACUGAUUUUAUUCAGAUUUGAAAACUAUUAAGUGAUAACUUGAUGAACGCCCUCCAGCAAUAAAUUAUUCUAUUGUACUAAAGAAAAGUGAAGGUGACAUUGAAGAUGAGAUUAGAUAACAUGUGAUGAUCCACGAUGUUUUAUCAUAUACACGAUUUGAUAGUUUUUUCUUAUAAAAAUGUAUAGAAUAUUCUUAUUGGAGUUUGAGUGUGAAAACAUACAAUUCAAUUUGUAUUUUCUAAUAGGGAUAUUUCAUCCCCAAGUAAAUUUCUCACGUCUAAAACUG